GCAAUUAAUGAUAGUUUUAAAGUAUGAUUUUAUAAAAUGUCGGUCUUGAAACAUAAAAAAACUCAUCAUAUCAAUUGUAAAUAAAUUCAAUUUAAAAAAAGUUGUCAGGCAAUGCCAGAAUCAAGUUCUUUUGCUUCACCCUAUACAUCUAUUGGAUCACAAUCUUCAUAUAAAAAUAUUUCUCAGUUAGCAGACAAAAACUACAGUUUUUUGAGUUAUAAAGCAGAGGUUUUAAGAAAUGACCAAGAAAAUAAAUCUAAAGCUGUGAUGGAAGCUUUAAAAUGCUUGCAAGAAAAGAUACAAUAUUUAGAAUCAGACAGAGAUCAAGCUGAGCAAAAUUUAAAAUCACUUGCAAACGAGGCACAAACUUAUAAACAAAAACUUCUAUCUAAUAAUGGUAAUACAUUUGAAGCAUCGACAAUAUCUAAAAAUCUAGACUUAGAAGACAAAUUAGAAUGUGCAAAAAAAAGGUGUGAGAUAUUAGAAAAACAACUUGACACUUCAAGAACAAUGAUGUUUGGUAAAAGAAUACAUUCUCCUUCAAAUAAAACCAAUGUGCAGCCACUUUUGUUAGAUUACUCUAACAGUAAAAAGCUCUCGGCUGGUUCCACAAUUAGUUUCUCUGCUGCUCCACUGGUUGCUGUAGAGCAACUAAAAAAUAACGUGAAUGAAAAAUCUUUCCAUGAAUUGGAUGGUUUUCUACCAACAAUAGAAAAGGUAAAUAAAUUGCAGGAAGAGCAUUUAAAGCUGUCUGCUUCUCAGGCUCUCACAGAGAAUAAAAUACAACAGCUUGAAAAAAAAAUCCAAGAAGCUCAUAAAAAAAAACAAGUACCAGGUACACAGCAGAAUGUUGAUGAUAGCGCAAUGAGUAUCGAUGGUGACACAAAAAAUAAUAGUGAUGAAAUUAAUAGGAUGCAUAAAAAACAAACAAAGACAAAGGUUAACUCAGAUAUUAUGGAUUUUCAUACAAUGAAAUCUAAAAGUUCAAAGUUAUCAAAUGAUCAUUACUUGAUGAAAUAUACAGAUAUACCUUUUGUUGUGGGAAAAUCAUCAGGGAAAUCACAUUCUUUAGGUGCUAAUAUUCAAAGUGUACUUUCCAUUUUGAAGUUGCAUAACAACCUUUGUCACAAAGAAUUGAAAGAUUAUCAAACAACAUCAGAUUCAAUAAAAGUCAAACAAAAGAUGACCAAGUAUGAUAAAAAAGUUGAAGAUUCUAUUUCUGUAAAAGAUAUUGAAAUCCUACUUGGGAUGCUUCAAGAUGAAUUGGCUCAAUUGGGAUUUGCGCAUCAUGAAGUAUCUUCCCAGAUUGACGAAAUUAACAACGAGAAACAAGAAGAAUAUAGAAAAAUGUUAGACCGCAUGGAGCAAAAAAUGGAGUUAAAAAGCAAUCAAAUACAUAUUAUUAAAUCUCAUAUCGAAAAUCAUAAAAAGUGCAGUUCUAAAAGUAGAAUAGUUAAAACAUGUAAAGUAAAAGAUAACUCGCAAGAUUCUAAAGUAAAGGGUGAUGAAUCGCAAGAUACGAUGAAGUCUAAAGAUAGUGCUGCAACAUCGAGAAGUUCUAUUAAUCCGCAUUUAAUAAUGUUGAAAAAAUCAAAAUUGCUUCAACAAACUUUACGAAAAGGGGAUCUCCAUUGGGAAUAACUAUUUGAAUGUUAAGGCUUUGUAUGUGUGUGUGUGUAUAUAU